AUACAUAAUGGUACGUUCCCUUAAACUGCACGGGUCAACGGAGCGACUCUGCUGUUGCGGUGUAUUUUCUUUUUAAUUUUAUCAGUUUAAUGGCUUACUAAGUCAAUUGUUAUGUGGCUAACUUGUACUUGUGCCGCUUGGUCCGAAGAGGCAAUAUCAGUGCAUAAUCUCUCUGUAUUCCACACCAGUCCAUUCACUGCAUCUUGAACUGUGAGUAAUGCCGAACACAUCUGAACCUCCUGCUCCAUCCCUGCCCGGAUCUGUAGUGCAGACCCCCCUCCAGAGGACAUCUAAUGUGGGACAGGACCCUCUGCUCAGCCCUUUGUCCCGGGAUGCCUCCAGAGCGAGAAGGGCCUCAAGCGCAGAGCUACACCUGCCAUGGACCUGUCCUGUGACACACUCAAGGGAGAAGUUCUACACAGUCUGCUCAGAUUACGCCUUCCUAAAUCAGGCAGCCUCGGUGUACCCCAGUAUCAGCAGCAGGACUGGGGCAUUGCUCAAACCAGAGGAUGAGCCACUCCUUCUUAAGGCCAAACCCUCACAGGAGUUCAGUCAGAGCAGAGGAGUUGAGUCAGAUGAAGACUGCGACAUGGAGGAAGUGUCUGCCAACACUAAACCUAUUUUGGCCUGGGAGAUAGACACAUCUGACUUCAGAGCUGUGCCCACUAGAAAACUCAGAACAAGCAAUGUGAAAAAGUCCAGCACAAAAAAGAUGAAGUCAUCAGUCCGACCAAUGAGAAACCUGCAGGACAUCCCUCCUCACGCCUCAUUAGAUGACAUCAAACAGAGGAAAGUGCUUGACCUCAGGAGAUGGUACUGCAUUAGUCGGCCACAGUACAAAACCUCCUGUGGGAUCUCCUCUCUGGUUUCCUGCUGGAACUUCCUCUACAGUACUUUGGGAGCAGGCAGUCUACCACCAAUUUCUCAAGAAGAGGCACUGCACAUUUUGGGCUUUCAACCUCCUUUCGAAGAGAUCAAGUUUGGUCCUUUUACAGGGAACGCUACUUUAAUGCGCUGGUUCAGACAAAUCAAUGACAACUUCAGAGUAAGAGGGUGCUCCUACAUUUUGUACAAACCACAUGGAAAACACAAGACGGCAGGGGAAACUGCUGAAGGGGCACUGAUGAAGCUGACCCAGGGGUUGAGGGAUGAGUCCAUGGCCUACAUCUAUCACUGCCAGAACCACUACUUCUGCCCUGUGGGGUUUGAGGCCACUCCCCUGAAGGCUGCCAAGGCUUACAGGGGUCCCUUGCCAAUAACUGAGAUGGAGCACUGGAUUUUGAUUGGUGAACCAAGCAGAAAACACCCGGCGAUUCACUGUAAACGCUGGGUGGAUAUUGUCACUGACCUGAACACACAAAACCCUGAGUUCCUGGAUAUUCGUCAUUUAGAAAGAGGGAUCCAGCGCCGAAAAACUAAAAAGGUGGGUGGCAACCUUCACUGCAUUAUCGCCUUCCAAAAGGUGAACUGGCAGAAGAUUGGCCCCUGGGCUUUGAAUCUGGAAACCCUGCAGCAUGACUUCCAUGCUCAGAACACUGAGGGGGUCCCAGGCAGCGAGGAGGAUGAGGACCGCUCCAACAAGCGCCUGUCUCACCUGGGACGCUCCCACAGCACGGGCUGCCACAAGGAGCAGAGCUGGAGACGACCUCCCCACUCCGGGUUCAGACAGCGCUCCCGUGACAGUGACCUGGAAGAAGACAUGGUGGACUAAGGAUGCACAAAUGCCACACGCAACAUUCAGACUCUGGUAAUAAAAGCUGAGAGGCUCAAUAUAAGCUGCUGACUACUGCAGGUUUAUGUAUAGCUCUUUUUCAUUGUGGUGAGUGGUAUGGGUCAGGUAUGUGCUGCACAGUUAUAAAACAUUUUUAAUUCAAGCUUUUCCAGCAAGGCUUGGAUUUUUAUUGUACUGUGUCCAGGAGAUUUUGUCUGCUAAAUUUUUGUGGUUCUGUGUCUUUUGCAAUUUGCCACAUUUUUACAUUUUGUAAAUGCAAUAGUUUAGUUGACAAAUUCAAUGAUAAUCAUGCUUUUUUAUUAAAUAGAAAUACAAAACAUAAAGAAAAUACCUAAAUACUAAUGUUGCAAAUCUCGGCUCUUCUGACCCUAUUGGUACCACAGCAGUGAAAAUAAGGUUUUAUUAUUGCUGGCCAGAUAAGGGUUCUGUCUGUUUGUUUGGGCCCAGUUUUGAAACUGUUUCAUGCAAGCAUUUAUUUUGAGAUAGUUUCUCAUUUGUCUGGCAGCUUAAUACCAGCACAUUUCAAGGCACAUUUUGUAUCUUUUCCUGACUUCAGUGCCAUCAUAGUCUAACAGUUAUAAUAAUAAUAAUAAUCAUAGUUUUUAUUUAUAACUUUAUAUUUCCAGGAAAUCUCAAAGCACUGUAACAGGUAGGCAAGUCAGAGUUUUAGAAUUUAGAAUUACACAAUUAGCAGUAUGAUCAUAAAAAAAAUGCAGAAAAUAUUAAAAUGGUCUUAAAAGUAUUUUCCGGUAGAGGGAGUCAAGAGCUGAACUGUUUUAUUUCCAAAGAUAGAUUUGGAGAAAUAAAAAAACUUAAAAAUAAAGGUUCACAACAAGAUAGUUUGGGUAAGUGGAUUGAUAUAAACUAUACACAUAAAGAAGGUGUCUAGUUAUGUUAAUCUGUAAAAUUAGUGUAUAUUAUCUGGAGUUAUGCAAUGAAUUUUAUACAUAAUGUAGGCCUUAAAUUGGUGCAUUACAACAUGUUUUAUUUAGAUGGAGUAAACAAAGCCGUAAGUAGGUUUCAAACACAGAUAGCACACUUUUGCUUUGGGAAAGAUAUUUUCCCAUCAGUGCUGCUCAGAGUGGACAAGCAGAGGCACUCUGGAGUACAUAGUCUGCAUAUCUUGUGUUAGCAUUUAUAAACUUCUGUGAAUUGUAAUGUGGAGGUUAUUUCAUGAAGCAUUUUACCUGAAAAAUUGGAGAACUCUUUACCUCAUUUAAUUGAUUUGUUUGUGUUAUGAGACAACACCUUGUCCCCGCUAUAGUUCCUCAAACACAGGGUAGAUUGAUUCUGUUGGGCCAAAACAACUUUAUUAUUCAUUUGUGAUGAUUCAAAAAAAAGUACCCAGUUUUAACGUGGUCACAAAUGUUGCCCCUCAUUCAGAACUGCAACUAAACUGCAACCCAGAAAACUGGGUUAAAGAGUAACCACUAGUGUGGUGUGACUAAAAAGUUUAAGGAGGAAGUCAGCUCUUUUAUCCAGUUUUACUUCCUCGUUACAAUAAACAAAGAGAACAGUGUAAACUUGAACCAGACAGUUGUUUAAAAACAUUAUUUAAAUAUAUAAUUUUCAAUUUUGUGUUUGAAAACCUAGUUUUCUUUGUCACAAAACCUCUGUUUCCACCAGCAUUGCAUGUUUGUCUGUCAUCUAUAUGACUCAGAACAUAAUGUUCAAAUAUUGACAUUUUCAGGAAAUACUCAGAAUGGGCUAAAGAUAGAUUUUGAUUAGUCUCCUGAUGUAAUGCAUUUGAAAGAGAGUCAUGUGUAAUCUCAACCUAAGCCAGAAGAGGUUGUUAAAACAACAUAAAAAUGAUAUUAGGAUUUUGUGGCUUGAUUGAUACAGCAUUUACGCCUUUAUGAUAUUAUCCGUCCCUGGUCUGAUAUUGUAGGAAUAACAUGGCAUUUGUUGCUUUAGUGACAUGUGUAAUGGGCUUUUCCAAUCAGUGGUGCUGUAAACUGUGCCGUGAAAGAUGUUUAGACCUUUUUCUUGUGUUUUCUGUAAAUAUAUUCCAACAGAAAUGUAAAAUUGUAUUUAAAAGGUCAGAGCGAAAUGAUUCCAAAACAUGAAAUUGUAAACUGCAGGUGAAAACUACAUGUGUUGUUAUUAUUCAUUAACCUUUGUUGAAACCUGUAAUGCAUUUAUUAUUAUUUUUCAAUAAAGUAAGAUUUUCAUAAAUGAAUACCAAA